AUGAUAAUGGGAAAAAACUUACGGUUGUUUGUGUUGAUGCUGCUCCUUACUCUCUUUGCUACAGAUGAGACUUUUAUGAAUCCAACAAAAGCAGUGGUUUGUGUAAUUGGUAUCCCGAACUUGUCGCUGACAACCAUUUCAAACAGAAGACAGGGUGUGAAUGACUUGACAACGGAUUUAAUGAACCCGAUGACGCAGGAGGCGCCACCAUCGUCUUCAGAGUCAAUUGAGGUCGACAGUGGGGGUAGGUUGCUGAUGUGUGUUUAAAAAUGGGUGUGUGUGUAUGUAUGCAUGUGUUUUGACUUGUAGUUGUAUGUGUAUUUUUUUUAGUUGUAGGUGUGUGUUUUUUUAAGAGUUGAGGUUUAUGUAUGUAUCUGUAAAGUGUUUGUUUAAGCUUCAAUGCGUUUCAAUAGGGA